AUGUCCGUCGCUGGAGAGUUCGACGCCAACGCAGGCCAUUUCAGAUUCAUCGACAUAGCCGUGAACCUCACAGACCCUGUCUUCAGAGGGUCCUACCAUGGACGGAAGAAGCACGAGGAUGAUCUCGACGCGGUCCUGGUGCGUUCGCGAGCAGCGGGUGUGAAGUCCAUGCUCAUCACAGGCACGAGUCUUGACGAGUCGAAGGAGGCACUUGCACUCGCGAAAGAGCAUGACCUGUAUGCAACGGUCGGAUGCCACCCAACACGCUCGACAGAAUUUGAUCAGCACACAGGCGGCCCCGAGGCGUAUCUUGUCGCGUUGGACAAGCUCGUCCAAGAAAAUUUGAGCGGAGGGGGAAGGGUUGUUGCCAUUGGAGAAUGUGGCUUGGACUAUGACCGUACUCAUUUUGCCUCGGAGGAGGUGCAGAGGCGACAUUUCCGCUCACAGCUGUCGCUUGCGAAGAAGCAUCAUCUUCCACUCUUCCUUCAUUCCCGCGCGGCGCACCAUGAUCUUGUCAAAAUCCUCAGAGAGGAAGGCUUUAAUAGUGAUGGCGGGAAAAGCGUCGGUGCGAAAGGUGGUGUUGUGCAUAGCUUCACAGGGACGCUGCAGGAAGUCACCGAAUUGGUUGGCAUGGGAUUUCACGUCGGGGUGAACGGUUGUUCGCUCAAAACGGCGGAUAACCUAGCAGCCGUGAAGACAAUACCGCUUGACAAGAUCUUGUUCGAGACAGACGCCCCAUGGUGUUACAUGACGUCGACACAGGCCUCCAGACAACAUAUCGCUUCUAUACCGCGCCCCAUAUACGACCUUUAUUUUCCAGCAUCGACCAAGCCUGAGUCCUUCACUGUCGGCAAAGCCAUCAAGGGGCGCAACGAACCUUCCGCGAUCGGCGGUGUUGCUUGGGUAGUGUACAAGCUUAACGAAAGCGUAGCGCUCGAGUCAGUCACGGAACAAGCGUGGAAGAACACGAUAGAGGUGUUCGGACUGCACGAAUUGCAAUAA